AUGGAUCAUUCUCCUACUGAAACAGCCACUAUUGGUGCCCAACCUAAUGAAACAGUCACAAUUGGUGCCCAACCUACUGAAACAGCCACUGGUAGUGCCCAACCUAUUGAAGGUAAUACCACUGGACCUCUUUUUUCUGAUAAGCCUCCAUUGCCACCUAAGGAGAAGGGUAAGGCACGGGAAAAAGGUAGUGGUAGGAAACCAUCAAGAGCAUGGGAUCAUUUUGAUUAAAGUAAAAAUGAGGAAGAUGGGAAAACACGAGCUGUAUGUAAGUAUUGUUAAAAAGAAUACAUGGCUGAGUCAAAGUCUCAUGGGACUAGUAAUUUAUUGAGUCAUGUGGCUAGUUGUUUAAAGUAUCCUUAUAGAGAACAAGAAAAUAGUCAACAUACAUUGUCUUUUCAAAACAAAAAAGAUGGAGAUGGUGUCGGUCUAGUGGCAACUUCUUUUACAGUGGAAGGUGCUAGGAAAGCUCUAGCUGAAAUGAUCAUUCUUGAUGAAUUGCCUGUUAGAUUUGUUGAAGGGGUUGGUUUUCGUAGGUUUUGCAAUGCUUUACAGCCAAAGUUUACCAUGAUUCCAUCUCGUACCACUGUUGCUAAAGAUGUAGUUGCAAUUUUUAACACUGAGAGGACUAAGCUAAGAAAUUUUUUGAAGGGUCGUAGAGUUUGUCUUACAACUGAUACAUGGACAUCCAUACAAAAUCUUAAUUACAUGUGUCUUACGACUCAUUUUAUUGAUGAUGAUUGGAAAUUACAAAAAAUGAUUUUAAAUUUUUGUCAAGUUGAGGAUCAUAAAGGUGAAACUGUUGGUAAGAGGAUUGAGUUGUGUUUACUUGAAUGGAACCUUGGUAGUGUUUUUACUUUGACUGUUGAUAAUGUGAGUUCUAACAACACAACCAUAAAAUUCUUGAAAAGAAAAACAAAAGAUUGGAAGGGCACUGUUUUGGGUCAUGAGUUCUUACAUAUGCGUUGUUGUGCGCAUAUUUUGAAUCUCAUUGUUAGUGAGGGCUUGAAAGAGUUGGAUGCUUUAAUUUGUUGUGUGCGUGAUGCUGUGAGAUAUGUGAGGUCGUCUCCAAAUAGGCAUGAAUCUUUUAAGAAGUAUGUGGAGAUGUGUCAAAUUGAGUCCAAGUCUUUGUUAUGUCUUGAUGUACCUACUAGGUGGAAUUCAACUUAUUUGAUGUUGGAGAGUGCUGAAAAAUUUGAGAAAGCAUUUGAGCGUUUAGAGGAGGAGGACUCCAAUUAUCGAUCUUACUUUUUAGAGGGCGAUGGGGAGGAUGGAAGUGGUAAAAAGAAGAAGUCAUGGGGUGCUCCAACAGAGGGUGACUGGAACAAUUGUAGACUAUUUUUAAAAUUCGUAAGGCUUUUCUACAAUGCUACUAAAAGGUUUUCGGGCUCCCUUUAUGUAACUUCUAAUUGUUUUUUUGAUGAGAUGUUUGUUAUUCUAACAAAAAUUAAGCAAUUAAGUAAAAAAGAUGGAAGGGAAGAUGAAUUGCUGGGUUUAAUGGCAAAAGGAAUGAAAGCAAAAUUUGACAAAUAUUGGGGUAAUGGAGAUAAAAUAAAUCUGUUGAUGUAUGUUGCUGUGGUUCUUGAUCCACGAAAAAAAUUGAGGUAUGUCCAGUUUUGCUUUUCCCAAUUGUUUGGUGAAAGUGUAGUCAAUACAAUGACUGGUCAAGUGAAAGAUUGUUUGACUUGUUUGUAUGACCAUUAACUUGCAAAUGAUUCAAAUUUUGUGGAAGUACUUGACAGAAAUGAACCAUCUAGGAUGGUGAUUGAUGAUGAUUGUGAUGAUCCUCAUUUGUUGAUUGAAUCUCAAUUUAAUACCUAUUUGGAUGCUGAAUUUUCUGUUAUGUGCAAGUCCGAAGUGAACAAGUAUUUGGCUGAUUGUUGUGAAGGAGUGAGAGAUGAAAAAUUUGAAAUUUUGGGGUGGUGGAAAGCUAAUUCUUCUAAGUAACGAGUGUUGUCCCAAGUAGCUCGUGAUGUAUUGGCAAUGCCGGUUUCAACAGUGGCUUCGGAGUCGGCAUUUAGUACCGGUGAACGCAUUCUUGAUCAUUUUCGAAGUUCUUUUUCUCCUAUGAUGGUUGAGGUACUUGUUUGUACUCAGAAUUGGCUUCAAAGCACUGUGCUGAUCUCUCUUCGCAAGGCAAUGGAUGAUGUUUUAGAAUUUGAGCAGUAUGCCUUAGAAUCAAGUUCAUCCUCAAACUUAAGUUCAAGUCCCAUAACUGUUUAGCAUGGCAAUGGAGCAUAGCUUGGUGGUUGAUAUCUGUUGAUAAUACCUUUUUGCUUUGGCAGACUGUUUGCUGAUGGUUAUUUUUGUGUAUUUUUUGUCCAUCCUUCCUAUCCAAGCUGUUCAUAUUCUACUAAGUUUUGUAUUAAUAUUGCUUCAGUUCUAUAGUUGGAUGAAUGUAAUCAUUGAACAAAAUUACAAACUUCUGGUUAGUUAUUUUUUUGAA